AUGGCCAAAAUCAAUACUCAGCACUCCUAUCCUACCACACAUAGGCUCUCAGUUAGGACCAUGGAUGAAGACCUAGAAAGAGUUGAAAAUGGCACCAGCAGGGCUCAUUCCCCAUGUGAGGACUCAUCAUCUGAGCUGCAGAGAGUGAUCACCAUGGAGACCAGAAACCUGUCUGAAUCCCAGCGAAGUUCCUUCACAAGCCAGGGGCCAGCCAGGUUGUCACGACUCAUUCUUUCCCUUAGAGCAUGGGCUUCAAGGCAUAUACAUCAUCAAGACCAAAGACCAGAUUCCUUUCUGGAGCGUUUCCGAGGCGCAGAACUCAAAGAGUUAUCUAGCCGAGAAAGCUACACCCAGUCCAACUUGGGCAUCCAAGAGAUGUCAGACAGAGAGAGAAGAGGCUGGCCGCUGGCCAGAUAUAAUAUCAACACCUGCAACAAUACCAACGAAGAGAGUGGGGAGAAAGAAGAGACAAUAAAGUUGGUCACUGGAGCUCUUAGUGGAAAGUUUAUCCUGGGGAAUGGACUCGUUUUCAAUUUCGAAACAGUAUUACAGGCUCUCCAUAACCCAGUGAAGGCAAUGACACGGUCACACAAUGACAUGUGGAUGCUGACAGCAGACCACGGGAGGUAUGUGAAAUAUUGGCAGUGCGAUGCAGACAACAUCAAGCCAUUGCAGGCACAUAAGGAAGCGAUUAGAGAGGCCAGGUUUAUACCCAAUGUACCAUUUUCUGUAGUUCCUAUUGUCAUGAUUAGACUGAUCUCUAUGUGUAUGCUGGGUGCAGAGAUGCAUGGGCUCUGUCAGAUUAUGGGAAACUUUCUGCACCCCAGAAACACAAUAUUUUCCUUUGUUUCCACAUAUUUCACAUCUUGCUGGCAUCUUCCUAAAGUCAUUUUGUCCCAGUAUCCACCUCUGCAAUAUGUUAGAGAAGUAUUGUCUGCUGCAUUUUGCACUGGUAUUCAUUUCUUCAUAUUUAGGGUUUUCAAUGUAUUUCAGUUACUCCUUUUUGAUGCUACUUGUGUAAAACAAGAAUAUUUCAUUUCAAAUGAAGAAUUCGGUCUUUAA